AUGAAGCCGAAGCACGGUGGUCCACUAUGGGCCUUCCAGUUCUGGCUGCAGGUUUAUUUCCCAGAGCUGAGGGGAGCGGCCAAUAUUACCGUCACCGAGCCGUUGGCCAAUGCGUUUGCCUGGGCCCUAAGGAAGUAUAACACCUCGACUUCCUGUUAUAAAUUUUUCUACGGCUUGGUCGAGAGGUCUGGUUCGCAGUUCUGGAAUCUGGGGCUCCUUCCUGGUCGCGUGCGACCUUCACUGUGGCCUGUCCAAGGCUGGGGCCGAGGUUUAUCUGCCGAACUUCGUGGCGCAGCAAUUUGUCUUGAUCCAAACAGCACCGCUUCCCCCGUUGUCAACCAACCAGCUCUCGUCUUGAAGGACUGGGACCCCCCUCGUCCCCAAGCACGCCGGCCGCGGCCGUACCCAGGGUGGCGGCACCUCCUUCGGUUUAGAGCAGCGGUCGCGACCUCAACUGCAGCCCCAACCCCCAGAGCACCGGCUGUAGUGGGGGCGCAAAAAACUUCGGCGCAUAGGACUCUGCCACCCGCCCCGCCGGCUCGACCGAUCGCUGCCGUUGGUAAGCCCUCUUUCUUUUUUGCUUUGCCCCCCGGGUCGCAAGAGGCCUCAAACACUGGGGUCGGAGCAGCUGAUGCCGCGACGGCCAAAGGUGUUGCCUUUGAGACGGCGGUGCUAGAUAUGCCGAGGAAAAGGGUCCUCCUCGUUUUUUUGGAGGCCGAGGAUGAGGAAGAAGUCCCCCCUGGGAUCGUGAGUGAAGCCCCUAUCGUGACCGGUGAGGCAGUGGCCGAGGAGUUGGCUGAUGAGGUGGCCACUGCCGAGGACUCGACGGUAGUGACUGAGCUUGCAGUGGUCGAGGCUAUAGCUACCGACGCGCCAAGCCCGCAGCCUGUCUCCUCGACGAUCCUGACCAAGCUUGUGGUUGCAGAAGCUCCUAGCGAGCCGUCGGUCGCCGAAGGGACCACCUCCUCCGAUGAUCUCGAGGAGUUAUAUGCCAGUGUUCAUGAAGAAGGAGGCAGCUCGGCCUUGGCCCCUUUGGACGAGGACUCCAAGGCCGUCAUUGGAAGGCUCCGGGAGUACCUAUUCCUUGGGGUUCACCAAAUGACCACUGCUAAGGCAUUCAUGGAGUUCAGGUCCUGUUUGGAUAUGGCCAUGGCGUUAGGUCUGCUUGACUCGGCUCCGCUGGACAAGCUACAGGCUCGCUUGGUCGAGGGCGAGGAGAUGAUCGGUCGAUAUGCUGAGGCAAACAUAAGGAUGAUCGAGGGAUGCUCGCUCGAGCAAGAGCUGUCGGCGAUAAAGGACCAAGUCCAACCUGCCAUGGCCCGCUUGAAGGAAAAUGACCUCGUCAUCCAAAGAGAGAAUGAGGAACUUGCGCAGGUCGAGGUUCAGAUUGCCGAGCUCCAGGCCCGUCGAGAUUCUCAUCCUUCAGCGUCGAGAUGGUGCGGUUGCGGUCGGAACUGA